AUGAAAGUAGAAAAUGCGGGAUUCAAUGAGAGCCCAAGAUUAUUACCAGCAAACCAUGGAAGUCUGCCUGUCCUGCUCCGCCUGACCCGAGAUUUCAUCAGUUGCAAAUUUCUUACGGAGUACCAGAGGCGUAUCUGCUGGGCUAUCGCACACAGUAUUAGCGUCUGGGAUUUUAUGAUAGGCUCUGGAAGGUCCACUAUGCGAUUCAUGGCGUCCAACGAUGAUUAUCGCGUUACCCACUCUAGUGGAGCAUCAGGCAUGGCUCUUUUCUCCACAUAA